UCCGAGGCCUGGCUCUGAGGAUGGACUGUGCACUGCUGCUGCUCUCCCUGUGGGCUCUGGCUGGAACGGUGUCUCUGCAGACUUCAGGGUCGUGUCCGGAGAGACUUCUGGGAGACGAGAGGAGGAGGACGUGUCCUCGGCCCUGCAAAGCCGACAAAGACUGCGGCAGUAAGCGCCAGUGUCUGUGUGACGGCCAGUGUGGUCUCAGCUGUGUGGCUCCAGGUCGUACUUGUCCCUGGCCUCUGCCCUCAAGCGAAACCUCGGCAGCCCACCUCCUCUCACCCACUCACUCCUUCUCGGCCCUGCUUGAAGUGCGCUGCAAGCCUGGAUUCUCGUUGCCCAAUGGCUUGGAUGCAACUAUUCGCCGUUGUCAGGGUGACCGACAGUGGAGCGGGGACGAGCCCGUCUGCACAGAAACUCAGCCGGCCGAACCUGCUGCUGCCCAGAUCUGCCCUCUGCCUGAGGAGGUCAUCGACACCUUCAGCAUCCAGGGCGAUGCCACUGUAGGAACCUCCAUCCGCUACAGCUGCUUGUCUGGAGCCGAUAUAGUGGGGAGCAGUGAAAAUUUCUGUCAGGACAAUCAGACCUGGCAGUAUCCUCAUCCCAUCUGCAAAAGUAAGUGUGCAGGAGCAUGUUCCACAAUAAUGUGUGUGUGUGAGCGUGCACGUGUGCUGCAAUGACCUUACACUCGGUGUGACUUCGUGCAUCUCUCAAGGUUAGCAGGAGAAGAUGAUGUGGGAGGCAGUGAUUUU